AGCGCACGGACGUAGCUCGGGUUUCCUCCGCGCCGCGCUCGCUCUCCGUGCUCGCGUCCCUCCUCCGCCGCCUCCUCUCCGGCCCGCGCGGCUCCGGGAACCAUGGAGGACACCCAGCUGCACAUCGUCGAGCAGCCGCUCUCCGUGUACGCCGACGCCGAGGGUCCGGGACCCGCCCUGGUGGAGGCGCCCGAGGCCGAGGAGCCGUCGGGGGCCGGCUCGGAGAAGCUGAUCAAGUCGGACCAGGUGAACGGCGUGCUGGUGUUGACCUUCCUGGACAAGAUCAUCGGCGCGGUCGACCAGAUCCAGUUGACCCAGGCCCAGCUGGAGGAGCGGCAGGCGGAGAUGGAGGGCGCCGUGCAGAGCAUCCAGGGCGAGCUGAGCAAGCUGGGCAAGGCGCACGCCGCUACCAGCAACACCGUGAGCAAGCUGCUGGAGAAGGUGCGCAAGGUCAGCGUCAACGUGAAGACGGUGCGUGGCAGCUUGGAGCGCCAGGCCGGCCAGAUCAAGAAGCUGGAGGUCAACGAGGCCGAGCUGCUGCGGCGCCGCAACUUUAAAGUUAUGAUCUACCAGGACGACGUGAAGCUGCCGGCCAAACUGAGCAUCAGCAAGUCGCUGAAAGACUCGGAGGCGCUGACCGAGAAGGAGGGUGACGAGGCGGGUGAGGGCGAGCGGCCCGAGGACGAGCCGGCGGCGCUCGAGCUGUCGUCGGACGAGGCGGUGGAGGUGGAGGAGGUCAUCGAGGAGUCGCGCGCCGAGCGCAUCAAGCGCAGCGGCCUGCGGCGCGUGGACGACUUCAAGAAGGCCUUCUCCAAGGAGAAGAUGGAGAAGACCAAGGUGCGCACGCGCGAGAACCUCGAGAAGACGCGCCUCAAGACCAAGGAGAACCUGGAGAAGACGCGGCACACGCUGGAGAAGCGCAUGAACAAGCUGGGCACGCGCCUCGUGCCCGCCGAGCGGCGCGAGAAGAUCAAAACCUCGCGAGAGAAGCUGCGCAAGUCCUUCACGCCCGACCACGUGGUCUACGCCCGCUCCAAGACGGCCGUGUACAAGGUGCCGCCCUUCACCUUCCACGUCAAGAAGAUCCGCGAGGGCGAGGUGGAGGUGCUCAAGGCCACCGAGAUGGUGGAGGUGGGCGCCGACGGCGACGACGACGAGGGCGGCGCGGAGCGCCACGAGGCGGCCGACCUGCUGCGCGGGAGCAGCCCCGACGUGCACACGCUGCUGGAGAUCACCGAGGAGUCGGACGCCGUGCUGGUGGACCGGAGCGACAGAGACUGAGCCUGCGCAGCCGCCGCCGCGCAGGC